UCUGGCUGUCCGUGCCUGAUGUUCGUGCGGAAGUGUUUUAAAAGAAAAGUUUAUCAAAAACUGGAAGUGUUUUGGGAGUAGUGUGAUUUACGACUGGAUAUGCUGGACUUGGAUUAAACUGCACUAGUUUUGGGAGAGUUUGUAAACACAUUUUUUGAUAUAGUUUAGUUGUCAAACGCGACGCAGUUGUCUUUUUCAUGAAGAAAGUUUGCUGCUUUUGAUUCUUGCCUGACUGUGGAGGCAUGCGAGAAAAACUUAAUAAAUUAGAGAUAACGGGUGAGAGUCACUAUUUGGAGACAUCUCUAUUCCAGCUAACAGGGUUAAAGUCCCUCCCUUGCAAUACUAUUUACCUGAGUAGUUGAUAAGCAACAGCUCAGUUCAUGUGAGUCCAGAGGCUGCUGAGCAUUUGAUUACAGCCGCAGGACUCGCAACCAGCGUACAGGAGGAGCAAUGGUUCGACGUGUGGCAGUGGUUGGAGCAGGCAGCUCUGGUCUGGUCUGUACCAAGAUCUGUGUCGACGAGGGCCUGGAGCCUGUCUGCUUUGAGAGCAGUGGCGAUAUUGGCGGCCUGUGGAAUUUUAAGGAGUCACCUGAGCCCGAGCGAUCCAGCAUCUAUCGCUCCUUAGUGGUCAACACCUCCAAAGAGAUGAUGUGUUUCAGUGAUUUCCCCAUGCCAGCUGACUAUCCAAACUACAUGCACAACUCACAGCUGCUGCAGUACUUCAGGCUCUAUGCUGACCACUUUGACUUGCUCAAAUACAUUAAUUUUCAGACCAAAGUAAGGAGCGUCAAACAAAGGCCGGAUUUCUCUCUGUCUGGUCAGUGGGACGUAGUGACCAUGAACAGGGAUGGAGAGGAGGAGAGACACAUCUUUGAUGCAGUUCUGGUGUGCACAGGCCACUACACCCAUCCAGCCUUACCACUGUCAGAUUUUACAGGAUAUGAGACAUUUUCUGGCAGGUGUUUUCACAGCUGGGAAUAUAAAGAUGCAGAUGCCUGCAGAGGGCAGAGAGUGGUGGUGGUUGGCAUUGGCAAUUCUGGAGGCGAUAUUGCAGUUGAGAUUAGCCGAUCUGCAGAGAAGACAUUUCUCAGCACACGCCACGGCUCCUGGGUUAUUGGCAGAAUGUCCAGAAAUGGUCUUCCCCUGGACAUGACCCAUAUCACCAGGCUCACCAGCCUCCUCAUAUGGCUUCUUCCCAAAAAUCUGGUCAACUGGGCAGCAGAGAGAGAGCUGAACUACAAAUAUGACCACAGACUUUAUGGCCUGAAGCCCAGACACAGACUGUGGGAGAAAAGGCCCUUGAUUAAUGAUGACCUUCCUGGUCGAAUCCUUCAGGGAGCACUAGUAAUGAAACCCAAUCUGAAAGAAUUCAAGGACUCUGGAGUUGUAUUUGAAGAUGGCACCGUGGAGGAGGACAUUGACACUGUGGUCUUCUGUACAGGUUAUAAUUGUACCUUCUCAUUCCUGCCUCCAGGUCUAACUGAGGGGCCUAAAGGAGAGCUUACAUUGUACAAGACACUGUUUCCUCCUUCUCUAUCACAGCCCACUCUGGCUGUCAUGGGUCUUAUCCAGGCAAAAGGACCAAUCUUUCCCAUUGUGGAGAUGCAGGCACGGUGGGCUGUGAAAGUCUUUACUGGUUCGAGCCGUCUUCCACCUAAAGAGAAAAUGCUGGAAGUCAUUGAAUCUGAGAAAAAGGAAAACAUGAAGAGCUGUCCCUGCCCGCGAAAGGCGGCUCUCCAGGUAGAUUAUAUCCCAUACCUGGAUUUCAUGGCUAAGGAGGUCGGGGUUCGACCAAACUUCCUGAGACUACUCCUGACAGAUCCUGUGCUCUGGACGAAGGUUUUCUUUGGUCCCUGCACUCCAUACCAGUAUCGUCUCACUGGGCCUGGACGUUGGGCCGGAGCCCGUCAGGCUAUCCUCACCCAGUGGGAGCGAGUCGCUCAGCCGUUCAGAACCAGAGCGGUACCAGAACCAGAGAGCAGGCCGUCUGUCCUCAUGUCUCCCUGGCUUCUCACAUUUGGAGGAGCUGUGACAUUGGCCGUCCUUCUGUCUAAGGAGACGAUUCCAGUGCUGCAGGGUGCAGCUCAGAUCCUGGACAGGUGUAAGAUUUUCCUCAGGAACUCCUGGUUUACUGGUCAGUGAUAAAAAUCCAGUUCUAGUUUGUAAUUCAGCAUCCAAAUUCUUUAUGUUGCAAUGUGAUGUAAAAUGUAAGAACAGACUUUGAUUAUAGAUCCACCUUUUAAUAUCCAAAAUGAUUCAAGAUGCAGUGAAACACAGACUACACAGAAAUCUAUGUACUGUAAUUUAGUCUUUUUAUUUUGUUCUUAGCUUGCAGAGAAAAAGCCAGCCUCUCGCUUUUAUUGUGGUGUACAAAUGUGGUACAUCUAAGAAUAUGGACUUAUAAAAUUGUUAAAAGUAGUUUGAGCUGUACUGACAGGAUUGCAGUAGGGUUCCUGUUGAUCUUUAAAAAGUCUUAAAUG